GCCGGCUCCCCCGCCUUCCCUCCCUUCAUCCCUCUCUUCCUUCAUCCCUCCCUCUCUCGCCCGCUCCCGCUCCGCGCACGACGGCGGCGGCGUCCCGCCAUGUCGGCCGCCAAGCACCGGGGCCCAAAGGGGGGCAGUCCGCCCGCCGCCGCCGCCAACGAGCGGGGCGCGCAGCCCAGCGGCGCCGAGGAGCCGGCGGCGAAGAAGCCGGCGGGGGGGCACGGCCGGGGCGGCAGGGCCGCCGCGGGGGGCGGAGGGGGCCGCUCCGGCGCUGGCCCCCGCCGCGGCUGGGCGCUUCUGCUGGGAGCCGCGGUGGUGCUGGGCGCCGCGCUGCCCGCCGGCUGGUACGUGCGGCAGCUGCGGGAGGAGGUCGGGCGCAGCGCCCGGGAGAGGGAGGCCUCCGAGCGGCAGCGGCAGGAGCUGGCCGCCACCCUGGACACUGUGGUGCAGAAGGUGCGUUCCCUUCAGGCCACAUUUGGAGAAUUUGAAUCCUUGAUGAAAAUUGCUCAGCAGAAGCAGGAGGUUACUGAGAAGGCUGUUAAACAAGGGGAGAGUGAAAUAAACCGGAUCAGUGAAGUGCUUCAGAAGCUGCAAAAUGAAAUUUUGAAAGACUUGUCUGACGGCAUCCACAUGGUGAAGGAUGCAAGGGAACGAGACUUCACAUCUCUGGAAAACACGGUGGAAGAGAGACUAACAGAGCUAACCAAGUCUAUAAAUGAUAACAUUGCUGUGUUCACUGAAGUCCAGCAAAGGAGCCAAGAUGAAAUCAACAAUAUGAAAGUAAAGAUUGAUUCACUAGAAGAGGCAGAUGUGUAUAAACACGAAAUUAAGGUGCUAAAAGAUGCUCUUGGUGAGGUGCAAGCAUCCAUGAAAUCCAAAGAAAAGGACAUAGAGACCUUGAAGAGUACAAUAGACUCCAUGGAGUCUGAUGUGUAUACUGAAGUGAAGGAACUAGUCAAUCUCAAACAAGAACAUGAGAAAUUCAAAGAGGCUGCAGACACUGAACACCUUUCAUUAAAAGCUUUACGAGAGAAAGUUCUGAGAGCCGAGGAUUCUAUUAUGCAGCUCCCUGGUGACAUUAAAAGACUCGAUGAAGAUUUACAGCAAGUUAAAGCUGACCUCACCAAAUGGGAAGACAGCGAACUCUUCAGAAAAGCAUUAGAAACUUUUGGCAAGAACAGUGAGGGACUGGAGUCUCGAUUGAGGCACAUAGAAGACAGCCUGGAGUCUCUGACUUCUGUUGGUGCGCAAAACAGUGAAAAGUUGCAGUCUUUCCUUUUGAAGGAGGCAGAAUAUGAGAAUAAGCUCAGUACCCUAGAACAAAGCAUCACUGCUCUUCAGGGGGUCUCAGAUGUGGACGUAAAUUCAGUAACAGACGUUCUGAAAAAUCUUGGUGAAUCACAGACCUCCCUGUACAAUGAUGUGGAAAACUUGAGGAGAAGCAUCAGUGACCUGCCAUCCUCCGGUGCUCUUCAGGAUGUCCAGAAGCAAAUUAGUACUUUAUUGGACCAAGGAAAUCUUCAGACAGGUCAAGCACAUUCUCAAGGCUAUCUUGAAAAAUUUUCUUCUGUGGAAGGCUCUGUGGAUGAACUGAGAUCUUCUGUAAGCCAGGUCGAUUCUGAUUUGAAAAUGAUAAGAACUGCAGUGGAUAGUUUAGUUGCCUACUCAGUGAAAAUUGAAAAUAAUGAGAACAACUUGGAGUCUGUGAAAAGCUCAAUAGAUGACCUGAGGAAUGAUCUGGAAAGGUUGUUUGUGAAAGUAGAAAAAAUACAUGAAAAAGUUUAGGCAGUGGUGCUCCUUCUGCAAGUAAUGGAUAAAGGAGAAUAGCUUUUGUAUGCCCAGUUUUUUACUCUUUUAAAAAGCAAUUUGAUACCUCCAAAGAGAAUAAGAAUACUUUAAUAAUAGAAACAGUUCUGCUUAUUUCCUUUAUUUCUCUUUUGUGUAAUUUUCUUUUUAAAAUUUUGUUCUAAGAAAACAUGAGUAUAGUUGGGGAUUGAGUCUCUAAGGGCUCAUCUCUGUAACGUUGUACCGCUGUAACUGUAGUGGUGUAACUAAGGCACUACGGCCUCGUUAGCAUGGGCACGCAUUUAAUGGCAUGAAGGUGUUUCACACUACGACGCUAGAUAUCCCAUAGAGAAGAGCUACAGCUAUUCUGGUACAAAAAGCAUACUGCUGUACACACUGAGAAUUUUACUGGGAUGUUUUGGUUUAAGAAACAAAUGAACAAAACUACACCCCUACCUUGAACUGUUUAGACCGGUAAACUUCAGUGUGGGCCAGGUUUGAAGCAACUCAUCUGUUUCUGCAGUUUGGGACUCAGCUGGGUGGUCAGUCUACCAGGUGUCAGUUGAGCUGUAGUAUAUUUCUCUGAGUCCUUCACCUGUACCAAGGAGCUAACAAGGGUUUAGCUGAACCCCCGAAGGCAAGGUUGAGGUAAGUGGCAUUGCUUGGGUGAAGACCUGAGGGAUGUUCCACCACAUAGCGGGUGAGAUUCCUUCAUUGUGACCAUAGGUGUAUUUCCCAGCAUCGUCAGCUGCUGGUGCAGCAAAUUAGUGCUUAAAAGGGACUUCUGAAAGAUAGGACUAGUUUAAAGAGGUACAGUAAUAUUUUUGUCAUAUUUUUGGACUGUUUACAUGAUAAGGGUUUGUCUUUCCUGGAAAGGGAGAAUUUUUCUGUGAUGCAGGAUUUUCUGUAAAAAUGAUAAUGAGUUUCAAUGAGGAAAGAGAAGGACUAAAAUUGCACCUCUCGUGUUCCAUGUAUAGCAAGCAUGCUAACGAUAAUAGUACACUCAAAAACACACAAGGGGGAAAGUCACCAUGAAAUCAGCAGAAUUGCUUCUAAGGUGUACACAUUUCCAAGUUUUCACACAGCUGACAGUGACCUGAACUGUUGUUACAUAUUCAGGACUUGGUGCCUGAUUCUUGUCACCAUUGUUGUGACUGGGUGCCUGCCUGGGGCAUUGGUAGCGAAGGAUCCUUCUAGGAACAGGUUGACAUUGAGGAAGAAGUGUCAUAAUUCUCUCGAGGUUUAUUUAAAAGCCACUUCCUCAUGGAGCUUUCUUGUUUUUCUGUCUUUUUGGAAAGGAUUUCUAAUAUCCCUCCUUUUCAAGUUUACUUUUGGACUUUAUCCAGGAUUUGGUAGAGGGGUUGGCACACGGAUACCUUGGAAAUAGGUUGUGGGCAUCACGUUCACCUCAGCCUGCACCAACCACAUCCGUGGCUAUGGUAGAAGAAGAAUUCCUAGAAGUAGCACCUCCCAGAAGUGGUGUGCUUGUGGAAACAGCGCAGGUGAAAAGGAGUAAAUAUGAUACUGAACCAUAUCUAGUGGUGUUCCCACUGUAAACAGGAAAGAAUUGCUGACAAAGAAAGAGGGACCCAUGGCUUUAAGGUAACUGUUGUCACUGUUGGAACUGCACUGUUCUUUGUUGACUUCUCAAGUUCUUGAACAAUGUUGUUUAGGUUACUGUGAAAUGAACUGUAUGGCUUAUUUGCGGUAUUUUUAAUACAUAAUAAACAUUUGGAAUAUUCUUUGCA